GCGGCGGCGAUGGCGGGCGGGGGCCGGGGGCAGCGGGGCGCGCCGGCGGGGGGCCGCGGCCGCUGAGGCAGCAGGUUUUCAUUCCAUACCCACCUUUGGAAGGAGCUCACUAUGACAGGGCAGAGUCUGAGGACUUUAUCUGAAGCGAAUUUUGAAGACAAUGAGAUCAGCAUCAACGUUGGAGGCUUCAAGAAAAAGAUGAGAUCCAACACAUUAUUAAGGUUCCCCGAGACCAGGCUGGGCAAAUUGCUGAGCUGCCAUUCAAAGGAGUCAAUACUGGAGCUUUGUGAUGACUAUGAUGACACCAAGAAUGAAUUUUAUUUUGACAGGAACCCCGAGCUCUUUCCUUACGUGCUACAUUUUUAUAACACUGGCAAGCUCCACGUGAUGGGUGAACUCUGUGUCUUUUCUUUCAGCCAAGAGAUUGAAUACUGGGGAAUCAAUGAAUUCUUUAUAGACUCCUGCUGCAGUUAUAGCUACCAUGGGAGGAAAAUGGAGCCAGACCAAGAGAAAUGGGAGGAACAAAGUGACCAGGAAAGUACGACAUCUUCUUUUGAUGAGAUUUUGGCAUUCUACAAUGAUGCCUCUAAAUUUGACAAACAGCCCUUUGGAAACAUCAGGAGGCAGCUCUGGCUUGCUUUGGAUAACCCUGGGUACUCGGUUUUAAGCCGUAUCUUCAGCGUCCUUUCCAUAGUGGUGGUGUUGGGCUCCAUUGUGACCAUGUGCCUGAACAGCCUCCCAGACUUCCAGAUUGUUGACAGCAACGGGAACACCGAGGAAGACCCUCGCUUUGAGAUCGUGGAACAUUUUGGUAUUGCAUGGUUCACUUUUGAACUGGUGGCAAGAUUUGCAGUAGCUCCUGACUUUUUAAAAUUUUUCAAGCAUGCCCUGAAUUUGAUUGACCUAAUGUCUAUCCUUCCAUUUUAUAUUACAUUAAUUGUCAACUUGGUGGUGGAAAGUAGUCCGACUUUAGCAAAUUUAGGCAGAGUUGCACAAGUCCUGAGACUCAUGAGGAUUUUCCGCAUAUUAAAGCUUGCCAGACACUCCACAGGUCUCAGGUCUCUUGGAGCCACUCUGAAGUACAGCUACAGAGAGGUGGGGCUUCUUUUACUCUACCUCUCUGUGGGCAUCUCCAUUUUCUCAGUAGUGGCUUACACUAUUGAGAAAGAAGACAAUGAGGGGUUAGCCACCAUCCCUGCUUGUUGGUGGUGGGCUACUGUUAGCAUGACCACAGUGGGCUACGGGGACGUGGUGCCAGGGAGCACUGCUGGCAAGCUGACAGCAUCUGCAUGCAUCCUAGCUGGUAUCCUAGUGGUAGUGCUUCCCAUUACACUGAUCUUUAAUAAAUUCUCUCACUUCUAUAGGCGUCAGAAGCAGUUAGAGAGUGCCAUGAGAAGCUGUGAUUUUGGUGAUGGCAUGAAAGAAGUUCCAUCUGUCAACUUAAGGGACUACUAUGCUUAUAAAGUUAAAUCCCUUAUGGCCAGCCUGACCAAUAUGAGCAGGAGUACCCCCAGUGAGCUGAGCCUGAAUGAUUCACUGCAUUAGUGUACAAGUCUGACAGCAGUUUGCAUGAGAGCUAUCAAGAGCUAUGUUUAUAAAUGUUUUCCUAUUUGUCUUUUUUUUUUUCCCCUAGAAGAUAGUGUUGCUGACACUGCACUUUGCACUUGAGAAACUAAAGACAUUUCUAUCACAAGUUAACAGUUUGCACAUUUUCAUCUUGUUGCAUAAGGGUACUGAGUGCUGACUUUUCCAUACAAACGUUACCACUUUCAUGCCAUUACUACUAGUGGUAUAGUGAUGAUCUGUUGCUUUGUGCAUUUUCUCAUAUGAGCAGAGAAAUGAAUGUACCCAAGUGGAAUAAAAAUUCUCAGCUGUGACAUGAGUAAUGAAAAAAUCACCUAUCACCUAUACUGGUGUCUGUACUAGUAUAAGACUUCCCAUGCAUUUUACAAUGGUUUGAAACAGCCACCUGUGAGUCACUGACACGGCAACACUUCUACCUAUAUUGCUGACCAGUGAUUCUGAUCAUCACUUGCCUGAAAACACCUCUGAGUUUGCUUAUUCUUGAGAGUGUGUGUUAAAAUCUGUGUGUUCUUGUUCUGAAAUGUUAUGUAUAAUAAUAUUUUUCAGAAUCUUC